AUUUGAAAUUAUCCAAAGAAUAUUUGGAGUCACCUUUUGAUAACAAUAACACUUCUCUUGGAUUUCUCAGUUGACUUUUGGAUUCGGAUAAUAAAGACAAGAUGUCGAGUCUAUGGCCGAGUUUCCUUGGAGCCUUGCAGGCAUCUCUGUCUGUUCUACUAACCAUGAGCUAUGGCAUCAUUGCAUCGCGAUCUAACAUUAUGAAAGACAAAACAGCAAGAGAUAUCACAAAGAUAUGUGUACGGUUUCUGCUACCAGCUUUACUCAUCACCAACGUGGGCUCCGAAAUCCAAGCCGACACAUUCGUCAGAUAUCUUCCAGUUCUUAGUAAACACCACUUCUCAAACGCAAUUGUCAACUAAUUUAUCAAUGUAGUCUGGGCCCUACUCUAUACACUCUCAUCUUUGGCUCUCGGAUGGGUUUUAAAUCGAGCUUUCAAGUUUCCCGCCUGGGUCAUUCCAGCGAUUGCUUUUAACAACACGACGUCAUUACCCAUCCUUUUAUUGAAAUCUCUGAAAACAUCCGGGAUAUUGAAGGAUCUGAGAAUGGGUGGAGGGGAUAAUACGUAUACUGCACUUGACAGAGCAACUUCAUAUUUUCUUUUCGCUUCUAUUGUCACCAAUUGUCUGACCUUUUCAAUUGGGCCGAAACUCUUGGAUGAUGAGGAGACCCCUGACGUGGACGAGGAAGAAGAUAAACAUGAAGAACCCACAAAUUCUUCUGGAAGAACACAGGAGCAACAAGAAGACCAUAAUACAGAAACUACCACCUUGCUUCCUCAUCGGGUCGUCGAGCAAGGCAGUGAAAUCGCAGGCCAGAUAUCCAAGACAUCGAAGAAUAUCUGGGCAACCUUUCCGGAGUGGCUACAAAACGCUCUCAGCUUCACGACCAGCUUUCUUAAUGCACCACUCGCCGGUGCAAUCAUUGGAAUCAUUCUUGGACUCGUUCCACCAUUCCAUAGAGCCUUCUUCAACCCACCCCGUGACGGAGGAAUUUUCAAAUCAUGGUUGACUUCCUCGUUGGAAAGCAUGGGCGAUCUAUUUGCUGCCUUGUCUCUAAUAACAGUAGGGGCCAAGCUCAGUAGCGGUUUGCAUAAUAUGAAGCGCGGGGAAGAUAGCAGUAGAGUGAGGAUGACACCUUUGCUCUCCGUUCUGUUCAUUCGAUUUUUGUUGUGGCCAGUGUAAGUAUCAAUCACUCCUAACAAGAAGGGUCAAACUAAUCUCGGUGCAGUAUAAGUAUCGCAGUCAUCUACGCUAUUGUUUCUCAAACGAAUUGGCUGGAGAAUGAUCCCAUCUUGUGGUUCGUCUUGAUGUUAUUACCAAUUGGACCCAGCGCGACGAAGUUGACCAGUCUGGCUGAACUGAGUGGGGCAGAGGAAGAUGAGAAGAUGUCCAUUGCGAAAUGUCUAGCCAUUUCGUAUGCGAUAUCUCCAAUAAGUUGUUUAGCGGUGGUUGCCUCUCUUCGGGCUUCCCUCAUCUGGAAGGGGCAGAUUGGUGGAUGA